GAAUCGUACCCAGCGUCGCUUUCGGCCCCGGCAGCUGCAACACAAGCCCCGCGCUUGCAGGCGCUAUCCUUAAGCUGCUUAGGGCCUUUGGAGGCUACACUGAGCAUUGUGCGUAUACUAUAUGACUAUUGCUCACUGUAGGAAGCAGCGUCACUAGUCAAAGCAGCCCGUUUGCGUGGUUUUGCCCAACUUGGAUUCAGAGUGCACAGGAAUUGGUGACGGGCUCUGGCAAAUCCUAGUUGACAUUGUUCCCUGCUACCAAAUUGGUGAUUUUCACCAAAUUGGUGUCACCAAUUGAGCGUGGCAGUACGGUACCAUGGACAUGCGGUCACCCCGCUUGGAGUACAGCACCCAGCGCUUGUCGCCAGGCUGUGUUGGGGGACUGGUGCCCGCCCACAGCUGCUGCUGCUGCAGCCCGAGUACGUCGCUGCCGCUGAGCUUGUGCGUCAAGCUCAGCCAACCGCGCCUCGGGGGACAGCUGCUGUCGGCGGUCGCGCUGCCGCUGAGCUUGUGCGUCAAGCUCGGGCCUGCGCGCCUCGGGGGACAGCUGCUGUCAGCGGUCGCGCUGCCGCUGAGCUUCAGCCUUGUGGCGGCUCGCCGGGGACGAGGCAGGCUCGUAGUCCGAAUCGCUACUAGGCAUUUAAGUUGAAUGUAUUGUAUUAGAGUCUCGCACGAGAAGGUGUUGGAGAUGCCGUCCAGGCACAUGGUGUAGGGCAGCACGCAGCCACGCAGCCACGGACAGGGGUGUUCCUGGGGGGCUUCGCCCCCCCUGGAACGCUGCGCUGGGGGGGCUCAGCCCAAAAAUAGGGUGAUACGCUUCACGGUGUAAGUAUCACGAGUGGGAUGAGCGAGGACGAGACGCAGCGCUUGGAAUGCCCCAGCGUGUGGGGGCAACCAGGGGCACCCCUAGGGGCAACUACACACUUUCCGUGUGGUAAGGGCUGUCCGUGCACUUUGCAUGACGGAGUUAGCAAUAACGAGAGCGCUACUGCGCGACGGCGGCACAAACACUGAAGCUGUAUGGCAACAGGUCAAGAAUGGCGCACUGAAGGCUACACUGCAGCAGCUUCUACACGGGGUCUGACGGGGUGGGGCCGCGUAGCGGCUGCUGUCGACUGUGUCGAGCCGCCACGCGUGCAUGAUGUGAGAGUUUUCCUUUGUUUUAUACGGUAUCGACCAAUGUGUUUGAUGCACUUGACAGCAGCAGCAUGCGGCCGGAGAGAGCAAGCACGGACCCCGGCAUGUCACCAAAAAGAGUUGACUUCGAACGCCCAGGCGGGAGUGGACAGGAUCGCGCAUAAGUUGUGAGGACAAUACGGGUGCCGGCCGCACCCUCACUUUGGCCUGUGCUUACGAAAAGUUGGGGGACUCGGCCGCUCUGAGUCUGAGCGCUGUGCAAGGUCUAAGUACAUUCUUCAGGCAUUAAGAAGCCCUGUACCAGCUGAAUGGCUUGGAGCCGGAGCAGAAUCGAACUGGCU